AUGUCAGCAACGCGCUGUCAGCUCCGAUGGGCAGUUAGACUGACAGCGUUUGCCGUCUUCUUUACAUUAUUUUAUGCUCGACAGUUUUUAAUCGACAAUCUGUGGCCACUCGCUCAAGCACCUGAAGAAUGUUUGUGUGGAGGAGAGAAUGUAGGUUUCUGAAAAUUUUUAAAGUGAAAAAAAAUUUAUAUUAAAAGUAAUUUUUUAGCCUAUAAUUAACUUUUAAGUCUAAAAUUGCAUUUUUAAGCUUAAAACUUUAUUUUUAAGCUUAAAUUUAAUUUUUUUAUUUAUAUUUAAAUAUCAGAUAUAAUAUUUAAGCCUACAUUUUGAUUUUUAAGUUUAAACUUUUAUUUCUGAACUUAAAAUUGUAUUUUUAGGCCUAAAACAUUCUUGUAAGCCUUGAAUUUUAUAUUUAAGUCCAUAUUUUCAUUUUUAAUCCUAAAAUUUCAUUUUAUGCUUAAAACAUUGUUUUUAAACCUAAGGCUUGCUUUUAAGCUUUUGAUUUUGUAUUUAAGCCUAGAACACAUUUUUAAGCCUAAAACACAUUUUUAAGCCUAAAACUUCAAUUUUAAGCCUAAAACUUCAAUUUUAAGCCUAAAACACUUUUUUAAGCCUAAAACUUCAAUUUUAAGCCUAAAAACAUUUUUAAGCCUAAAACUUCAGUUUUAAGCCUAAAACACAUUUUUAAGCUUAAGACUUUAUUUUUAGCAUAAAAUUUAUUAUUUAAGCUUUAAAUAUUCAUAAUUUUAAUAAAAUUUAAAAAACCAAAAACUUUCAAUAAUCAAAAAAAAUUUUUUUGUUUAUAUGUCAAAUUUUUUAAACGUUUUUUUUAGUUCUGUUUCAAAGGCGUCGACGAUGACGGUCACAUUGUAUUUGGCCGUAAGUUUCCAUGCACAGAGCAAAACCUGAAAAAUAUGAAAAAGUUGAACUUACUUCAAUCAGAUAUUGACUCGACAGAGGAAUAUCAACAUUUGAUUGGGCAUGGUUGGCAGCCUACUAUUGUUACUUAUGGCUCCGACAAAGUUUUUAAAUUAUUAAGGAAUUUGGCCGGAAAUAUGGCCAAAUAUUAUCCAUCUGCUAAGAUUGUGAUUUACGACUUUGGCCUUACUGAAGAGCAGGUUAGUAUAAGCCUAAGCUUUACAUUUAUUUUUUUUUUCAUUUGAUUUUAAGCUAUAGGGAGACUCUUGUAUAACGAGUUGCUUGGAGAUUUUAAAAUUGUUUUACCAAAGAGUCUCUUUUAAGUUUAAAACACAUUUUUUAAACCUAAAAUUCGUUUUUAAGCCUAAAGUUCAUUUUUAAGCCUAAAGGAAAACGUAUAAGCCUAAAAUUCAUUUUUCAAGCCUAAAAUUUGUUUUUAAGCUUAAAAUUUCAUUUCUAAACCUAAAAUUAAUUUUUAAACCUAAAAUUCAUUUUUAAGCCUAAAAUUUCAUUUUUAUACUUAAAUUCAUUUUUAAGCCUAAAACAAUAUUUUUAAAAAAUUCACUUUCAAUUUUCUCUUUUUUUAGAAAACAGAAAUAAAAUGGUGGUGCAAUUCAGGCCGAUCAGAAUUCGUCAUGACGGACUGGCCAGAGACUUUGCUAAGUCUAGGAGAACGAGCAUAUCAAUUUAUUGUACUAGACGCUAUGUCACGUUUUGAUGCUGUUAUAUAUGCUGAUCCUACCACUAGAUUCAAGUUUGACAAUGCUGGAGUGUCAGUUUCAUUAAUCGAUUACUUGUUCAAGAUCAAGUUUUCAUUUGCUCCACCAACUACGUUGAUGACUAUGACUAGUCAGACUGUGGCUUCUAUUACUCAUAAAGGUAGGGUAGGGUAGGGUAGAGUAGGGUAGGGUAGGGUAAACCUAUUUUUCCUUUUUAUGUUUUUAGGUAUGUACGAGUACUUGCCAGUACCAUACCAAGCGACCCAGAUGACUGCAAUGUCUGGAAAGUCAAUCUUCUUUGUAGAGUCAAAAUACACAAGGGAACUCAUGAAGUGGUAAAAACUUUCUUUACAAAAUAGAAAAUGGAAAAAACUUUCUUUACAAAAUAGAAAAUGGCAAGAACUUUCUUUAUAAAACAAAAAAUGGCAAGAACUUUUUUUACAAAAUAUUAAAUGGCAAGAACUUUUUUUACAAAACAAGAAAUAGCAAGAACUUUCUUUACAAAACAAAAUUCCAGGUGGUACCUCUGUUCAACCACUCCCGAAUGCCUAGCCCCUCACAAUGCCACAGCUGACUGUACCCAGCUCACUGACAAUCCGUCAAAGAACGUUCAUUGUCAUCAUUCGGCCGAAUCCUUCUGGAAUCUCUACGAAAUCGCUCAUUUGUUCGGCGAACAAAAAGCGGCCGUCAGAUAUGAUAUGGCACCACGGUGGAGUGAAAUUACCCCAAGUCUUGUACAACGCGUUGAUAGCAGUCGCAGCUCAAUGUUAAGGAAACUGACACCAGAUCGAGUGGAAUAUCGACUGGAUGAGAGAGAGGAACAGUUGAGGUUGCCAUGCAUGGGAGAACGCCCGUGGUACGGGUGGUUUUUGGAGGGAAAACAGUACGAAACUGAAUAG